GGCUCCGCGCUCGCCAUGCUGCGAGGGCCCCGGGCCCAGGCUCCGGCCGCUGGGCCGACCCUGAAGGGGCUGCCCGCGAUGAGCCCCACCGAACUGUGGCCGCCUGGCCUCGGCAGCCCCCAGCUCUGCCCGGUCACCACCACCUACUACACCACGCUGUACUCGCAGACCGUGCCUCCCGCUGCGGUGUCCGGCACCUGCCUCGACGCCACCCCCCACGGACCGGAGGGCCAAGCUGUGCGAUGCGUCCCGGCUGGCCGGCUGCCGGCCAAAAGGAAGCUGGACCUGGAGGGGAUCGGGAGGCCUGCAGUCCUGGAAUUCCAGACUCCCAAGGAGAAGUGCAUUAGAGUGAAUGGCCUCCCCAGCCCUAAAACACCCAAGUCCCCUGGGGAGAAGACUCGGUAUGACACGUCACUGGGGCUGCUGACCAAGAAGUUCAUUUACCUCCUGAGUGAGUCCAAGGAUGGGGUCCUGGACCUGAACUGGGCUGCCGAGGUGCUGGACGUGCAGAAGCGGCGCAUCUAUGACAUCACCAAUGUGCUGGAGGGCAUCCAGCUCAUCCGCAAGAAGGCCAAGAACAACAUCCAGUGGGUAGGCAGGGGAAUAUUUGAAGACCCCACCCGGCCUGGGAAGCAGCAGCAGCUGGGGCAGGAGUUGAAGGAGCUGAUGAGUACGGAGCAGGCCUUGGACCAGCUCAUCCAGAGCUGCUCUCUGAACUUCAAGCAUCUGACCGAGGACAAGGCCAACAAGAAACUGGCCUAUGUGACUUACCAGGACAUCCGUUCGAUUGGCACCUUUAAGGAGCAGACAGUGAUCGCUGUCAAGGCCCCUCCGCAGACAAGACUGCAAGUACCCGACAGGAGCGAGGAGAACCUGCAGAUAUAUCUGAAGAGCACGCAGGGGCCCAUUGAAGUCUACCUGUGCCCAGAGGAGAUGCAGGAGCCAGAUAGCCCUGCCAAAGAGCCCGUCCCCUCCACAUCCACCCUCAGCCCCACUCCUGACUCUGCCCAACCCAGCAGCAGCACCGACCCUGGGAUCCUGGAGCCCACGACAUCCCCAGAGCCAUCGCUGACUUCCCAGCAGGUCCUGCCGCCGCCACCAUCCCUUGUCCCUCUGGAGGCCACUGACAGCAUGCUGGAGCUGCCGUACCCCCUUCUGCAGCAGACCGAGGACCAGUUCCUGUCCCCAACCCUGACAGAGAGCUCCCCUCUGAUCAGCUUAUCUCCGCCCUUGGACCAGGAUGACUACCUGUGGGGCCUGGACGGGGGCGAGGGCAUCAGUGACCUCUUUGACUCCUAUGACUUUGGGGACCUGCUAAUUAAUUGAGUUAACCUGCCUGCCCCCAGCAGUUCCACCACUGUCUCUACCUCCUCACAGACAGACUGACAGGCCCUCUGCCUGCGCAGGGACAUUGGACACAAGAUGCUACCCUUUGGGUAUGGGGGUCUCCUCUCCUUCCUGCCCUGCCUUCCUGCCAGCCGAAGCUGUCUGAUGGGGGUUUGUGGAGGGUCGGUGAGGAUUGUAUCAGGGGUUGGGUCCUGUCCUUCCUACUAGAAGUAGGGCCUGGGAAGGCCCAUUCAGUCUUCUGACCUCUGACCUCUGACGCGAAGGGCCACAGACAUGAUCAGGUCCAGGGAAAGGCUCUGCCACUGCCUUUGGAGGGGUAAUUAGGACCCUCAGUUUAUCGAAGAGCACUUACCGCCUUUGUAUUUAUUUCAGGUUGAGUUUUGUUUGUGUGUCUUCCCUGAGUUUUAGCAGGGACCUUGUUCUAGUUCUACAAGACUUGUCAGAUGGGCUCAGCACUGUCUGCCGUCCAAGGGCAGUCCUGGGCUUCCCGGGCCCCGGGCCACUGGUUCCCCCCCUGCGGCGAGCCGGGGUCUCCGGGGGCCGUCCAGCGGUGGAAGGAUCACUGCACUGGGCCCCUAAUUCUAGUCAGAGCUGCUGAGGCUCCCUGGUGUCCUCUGUCCCCAGAUGGUUCCAGGGAGUCAUCCCGGCCCAGGGGGCACUGAGGCUCCUGAGGAAACAGGACCAGCCAGUUACGGAGCCCCCCUCCUGUGGAGGUCCUUACUCCUCUCCCUUAGAGUGUCGGUGUGGCCCUCCAGGGAGGCAGCAGGGGCGCCCGUGAAGCAGGGACAGCAGUGUGGAGGCAGCUGCGAUGGUCGCCGCAGGUGCCUCUCCGUUGCUGCCUCUCGCUGGGAUGGGCUGUUUUACAUGAGGACCCGGGGGCAGAGGCGGCUGCACCUCAAGAAGGGUGAGGCUAAGACCAGAAACCCUUCUGUACACACCCUUCUGUAGCAGCCGAUACCCUCCUCCUCCUCCUCACAGGAGGAUUUUUCCCUCCUGUUUGUCCCUUCCCCCCCAGGGACAGAGGUGACCAGGGCAUGAUGACAUGCUGGCUCCUUUUGUCACAGGAAUGCAGAAAGGGUGACAGAGAGGGGUCUUCGCUGCAGACCAGACUUAGGGAGCUGAUGGGGAGAUGGGUUCAUGUUAUCUCUUCGGACCUGGGUUCUGAGAAGGUCUUUUGGCCUCACCCUGUCAUCAUGCCCCCCCCAUGCUUGACCAUCCCACAUUGUCUCUGUAGCCCAGUUGGGGGGGUCACUCUCUGGGCUGAACCAAGGCUGUGCCUUCUGGAGGGAGGCAGCCAGGGCAGUGGUCUGAGAGGCCCACUACCCACCCACCCUCAGGGAGCUAGGUUUCCGUAGGGGCUCAGCUUGGCAGCACUUUUUUUUUUCUUUUUAAGUUUGUAGCAUUAAGUUGGCUUAAAUAUGAAUUUGACCUUGUGGGAUUGCUCUUGAGCUGCCCUAUGGACAUCUGAGUUUUUGGACCAGGGUCCAGUGUGAGGUAAUGCCCCCCUGAGGACAGCUGUGUCUUGUCAUGUGCAGGUCAAAGGUGCCAGUUUUAUAAACAGGGCUAAUUCUGUAUGAUUAACAGAAAUGCCUUUGGUCUCUCCCCCUCCACAGCUCCACACUGCUCUCAUCAAAAGCCCAUUUCGAAGCCCAGCACGCCCAAGACCAAGGGACCCCCUUGGCCCUCGCAGGAGAGGGGUGCUGCCUGGUCUGGCUUGGGGCUUGUGGGGCUGGAGAUGGUGUUGCUGUUCUGAGUUCUCUCUGGGCUGCGUUUAGCCACUCACCAUCUCCAAAGGCAGGGGUGUUUGACUUCCAUGCCUUGGGCUCUUUCUUGGGCUCUUUCUAGAGCUUUCUGCCAGAAUUAAAUCCAAGAGAAGGAAGAAGAGGCCCGCAGGAGCCGCUGGGAAUGAGUUUAAAGGUGAGGUCUGGCCAGGAUUCAGGCUCAUUCUCCAAAUGCCCAGCCAUAGGGUUGGGCAGAGGGGCUGUCCCUUGGGCCCCUGGCCUGUAUCCUGGGCCCCUGCCUUCUCCUAUGUUGUCCCCUCACUCAGGGGCUGGACCACCCAGACCAAGCCUCAGACUCGGGGGAGGAAACAAAUCCAAGCCUCUUUCUUCCUAAUGACACCUGAAAUCUCCCAAGUUCACUCAAGUGCUUUAGGAACAUAUAAGGCACAUUAUUUUUGCCAGGAAAUUCCCCAGCUCUGUUGUCAGCCCCUAAGUCACCUGUGCCGAGAGGGACAUCAAAGGCUCGGGGCUCCAGGGAACCCAGUAGUAUUAAAUUGUUGAGUAGAGUCAGAGAUUCUAAAAGAUUUCGUAAAACUAGGGACAUGCUCCCGUGUCCCUCCCCAUCGAAAGUGUUAGCUGGACCAGAGUGGCGUCCCGUCCCCACGGCAAUGCUGGUCUGACUAGCGCAGCUGCAGGGAAGAAGGGGAUGGGGAAGUUCGUAAAACUGGCUCUAGGAUGGUUUGGGCUUUAUUUUCUUUACCCAAGUGUUCGCAGCAUCAGCUCUGCACAGUGUUUAGAGUUUAGAGUGAGUUUGGAUGUCCCUGUGUCCGAGUGUUGUAUGGCUUAGUGCAUUUGAAGUGAAAGCCUCGGGGGUUGCUUGGUUCUUGUCAUUGCGUGCCGAGGUCCCCAGCUCAUCCUGGGACCCUGUUCUCCCAUGAGGAGCCUCAGUAACCAGAAACCCAGCCAGCCCGGUGAGUGAAGAAGCCUAGUAUGUGGCACAUGUAUCUCGAGGGUGAGCACACCCGAGGGAACCUGGUCUUGGUACUGGGACUCUCACUUACCUCUGGUCCUGCUUUGAUGAACACCAUGUAAACCUCCUUGUGUUGUGAUAAUCGGGUAUUAAACAGCAACUCUGGGC